GCGGCUGAGAAUAAAAACAGCUCACAGCAGCACCAACCUCUGUGCUGGUGGAGAGAGCAGCAGUAUCAAGCCCUCCACCCACCACUGCCCUGCCGGAGGAGUCGUUCAGGUGCAAGCUGAUGCUGCAUGUCGAUGACAUACCUCGUGGGCUUUGAGAUGAGCAGGAAGGUAAAGAAGAAGAAGAAGAAGAAGAAGAAGAAGAAGAAGAAGAAGAAGAAGAAGAAGAAGAAGAAGAAGAAGAAGAAGAAGAAGAAGAAGAAGAAGAUCUGGAAUAGAAGCUGUAAGAAGUAAAGAAAGAAGAGGAUGAAGAAGCCGGUGAAGAGACGAUGAACGACUUAGAAGCAGCGGUCGACACGGGUGUGGAGGUUGAAGUGGAGGGGCCUGAGGGAGCGGUCCGAACUAGAGAAGGGAACAAUGCCAAGGACAAUACGCCUGAAGAAGACGUGGGUAAGGAAGAAGUCGAAGAACAAGUCAACGCGCAACUUGAAGCAGACGGUGGGGAGGGGGAAGGGGCCAAGGUAGUGCUGCGAGAGGAGAACGGGAACAACAAGGACAACAUGCCUGAAGAAGCCAGGGAUAAAGAGGAAAUCGGAGGACUGGCUGACGAAGAACUGCAAGGAGAAGUGGAAGCAGCAGCUGAAGCAAUGGCAGGAGCGGGAUUGGAUGACGAGAAGGCCGGGGUAGAGCUCUGGACAAGGGAGGCGACGGGGAACAACAUGGAGAACAUCCCUGAGGAAGAUGUGGAAACGAAGGAUGUCGAGGGACUCGAUGACAAAGGACUGGAACCGGCCGCAGAAGUCAAACGGGAAGCCAUAGACGGACCUGACAAGGAGGAGGAGGAGGAGGAGGAGGAGGAGGAGGAGGAGGAGGAGGAGGAGGAGGUGAAAGGGGAAGAAAUCACAAAGGAAGUCAAAGCCGGAGAGGAAGAAGAAGAAGGGGAAGGUAAAGAGGAGGAAGCUGGAGCUGACGUUGAGUACGAAGUUAAACGCAAAGCCAUAGAUGGACCUGACAAGGAGGACGAUGGAGAGGAGGAGGAGGAGGAGGAGGACGUGAAAGGGGAAGAAAUCACAGGGGAAGUCAAAGCUGGAGAGGAAGAAGAAGAAGUGGAAGGUAAAGAGGAAGAAGCUGGAGCUGACGUUGACCGAAAACUCAAAGCAGAAGUCAAACGGGAAGCGAAAUAUGAAGUUGUCGAUGUGGAUGUCGAGGUGGAAGGACUCAAAGUCAAAGCCGAGGAAGCCAUAGCGGAAGUUGCUGACGAAGUUGAGCAGGGAGUCAAAGUCAAACCAGACGUUGACAAAGAGGCCAAAGGAGAAGUGGAGACAUUUGGACACGCGGAAGUCAAGGAAGAGGAGGGACUUGGAGAGAAACUCAAAGCAGAAGUCAAGCGAGAAGUCAACGAGGAAGUCAACGUGGAAGUCAAAGUGGGUGAGGACAAAUUUGGACACGUGGAAGUCGUAGAGGAAGUUGAUGAUGCAGUCGAACUGGAACUCGAAGAAGAAGUCAAAGGUGGCAAAUUCCCACACGAGGAAAUAGAGGAAGAGGAGGUCGAUGAGGAGAAAGUCAGAGCAGAAGCCAAGCGAGAAGUCAACGUGGAAGUCAAAGUGGAGGCCAGCACCAGAGGCACUGUUGAUGGGCAUGGUACAGGCAAUGAAGACAAUAAGGUCGAGGAAUUCAACGCGGUCGGGAGUUGGGAUGCUGGGGACAACGCAUACGACGAGGGCGACCGGAAAGGCGACGAAGACGGAGAUCGAAGGGACCACAAAGUUGGAGAGGAUGACAAGGACGGAGGAGAUGCGCACAAAGGACGAAAGGACAACGAAGACACGGGUGAAGACAAGUGUGACGGGGAGCCGGAAAGUGGAACCGAUGACACUGAACAGGAAGACGCCAACGAUAUCGAUCCAAGCACUGACAGCGGUGACGGCAACGACACCGGCGACUCCAACUCCGCCGUUAGCAAUGACGAUCCCGCCGACGACGACGGUGAGGAGUGGAAAGAGGAAGUGGUAGAGAGGGAGGUACAGGAUGUAGGGCAGGAGGAAGACGAAGUGUACGGGGAGGAUAAGGACGAAAACGACGAGGAUGCAAAGAAGGAGGAUGCAGAGGACGAAGAGGAGGAGGACGGGGAGGAGGACGUUCCUGUCACCUGUCCGGGGAUACGUCCACGUGUCUCUGGCCAAGCUGUUACCACGACCCUCGGCGAAGGCUCCGCAGAAGGUCCAAAAAUAGGAGGGACAGUGGGAGAAUGAGCAGACGAAGGGAUUGGACAAGAGGCAAGCGACAUAGGGGUGGAGGGGAGUGGAGUGUGGAAAGAUAAGGAAGACAAGGAGGAUGAGGACAAGGGGCUUAGCGAUUCCAAAGC